AUGGGUACUAGUCAUAACGAUACAUGUAAUUCAAUUGCACUUGAGAUAUGCGAAUUUUGUAUGCAAAAUCAGAUUCGGCUUACUGCUACUCAUUUGCCGGGGUCAUGCAAUGUUGUGGCAGGUAGAGAAUCUAGAACCCUGUACAAGGAUGCAGAGUGGGUGCUAAAUCCUAAGGAUUUGGCAUCAGCAUUGGAAUAAUUGCAGUUUCAGCCUGAAAUUUGACUUAUUUGCAUCUAGACUAAAUAAACAAUUUAAAAAUUAUUGUUCAUAUUGGCCUGACCCUGAAGCAUCUCAUAUUGAUGCAUUUUUAAUAUUUUGGGAAAAGUUAAAUUUCUAUGGUUUUCCUCCUUUUAGUUGUCUUUUAAAGACACUAAGGAAGAUUAUCCAGGAGAGGGCAAAAGGAAUUAUUGUAAUUCCAAACUGGCCAACGCAAGUAUGGUAUCCUCUCGUAAAACCUUUGUUAUUGAAACCUCCUCAGAGACUCCAUCCAUCCAAAACAUUGCUCCACCUACCAAUCAAACAUAUAUAAAGAAAUGGGAAACCUUUUGCAUCCAAAAUGAAUGUAGUUUCCUAGAUCCUCCUAUACCUAAAGCAGUUGUUUUCUGAACAGGAUUGUUUUCAGCAAGGAUUAUCAUACACCUCAAUAAAUACAGCUCGCAGCGCUUUGUCUGCCUUAUUGCAUCGCAAGGAUAAUACUAUUCCCUUCGGACAGUUACCAUUAGUAAAACGAUUUAUGAAAGGAAUCUUUGAACUUUGCCCUAGUUUUCCAAGGUACGAAGCUGUCUGGGAUGUAAAUAAAGUCUUUGACUAUUUUAGACAGAAAUGUAAUGUCUCGGAUUUAUCACUUAAAGAGCUUUCUGAAAGGUUGACAACUUUGUUACUACUCCUAAGUGGACAACGAUCUCAAACAAUACACUUAUUAUCUAUCGCAAGUAUGGAGCUUUCUCCAACCCGAUGUGUUUUUCAAGUGAAAGAAAAAGUGAAACAAUCUCGAGUAGGUUACCAUAUUGCUCCUAUAGUGUAUGAAGAAUAUCCGAAAGAACCAGCCCUCUGUAUUUUAAUGCACAUCAAGGAAUAUAUUAAGCGUACACAGAAGCUUCGCGAUCCGGAACUUUCUCAACUAUUAAUUAGUUAUGUUAAACCAAAUAAGCCAGUGUCUCGAGAAACUAUUGCUCGCUGGUGUAAGAAUGUACUUAAAUCAGCAGGAAUUGAUACCAAAAGAUUCAGCUGUCAUAGUACUCGGGCGGUAUCUACUUCAUUAGCAGCAGAAAAAUCGGGCGAUAUUGACAAAAUCAUUAGCUCGGUUGGCUGGUCAAACGCUAAAACUUUUCAGACAUUUUAUAAGAAACCUGUGGAACAAACCUUUAACUUGGGUACGAUCAUUUUGAACUCAUUAAAUUAA